AUGAUCGCUUCUAAUGACAGUCGGCUCUCGGAUGACAUCCUCCUUAUAAUCUUCAAGCUGAUAUGCGAAGAAGGCCAAGUUGCCUUGUAUCAUUAUCUCGAGAAAGAAAGUGACCUCAUAAACAGACAUUGGGACGAUUGGGGAGAGGAUUUUGAUUGUGAUUAUGACCAUUGGAAAUUCGAGUUAGAAGAUCAGAUUAGAGCUGGCAAUAUCAAUGACUCUCCACCCGGUCCCCGAUCAGCGCUCUUGCAAGCUAUGGGUGUCUGCAAGCAUUGGUACUCACUUGUGUCUCAAAAUCCGUCGUUGUGGACCGUACUGGAAAUAUCCUUCCGCGAAGGCGCUGCAGCUCUUGAACACGCGCGGACAUUUCUCCAGCGUAGUGGGUCCCGUCUCGUCCAAAUCACACUUCUUUGGGACAAUCCCACUUGGGCCGUGCCAGUUUAUCGGGAUGAUGUUGAGAGGGAUAGAGGAGGAUUUCCACCCCAGUCGCGUGAAGAGAUCAUGGCUGGUGUUUAUCUUGGUUUGGUCAUUCAGGAGCUGUAUGCACAUGUACACCGCUGGAGCGAGUUUACGCUCAGGACAACCUCCAUUACCCACACAUAUCAAGCGCUUUCGCUGAUGUCACGCCCGUCCGCUCAUCCUGCCCGUGGACUAGAAAAAUUACAUCUUCAAUUCGUGCACAACCUACGUCAUGCAACUCACUAUAUCAACGAACCAUCGCUUUUCCCUGGUUUAGCGCCUCCCAUCCGCGAUCUUGUUCUUUUUGGCAUGAGUUGGGCCUGGCCAUCAUCGUCCAUGUGGUCGUCCAAUCUUGUGAACCUGCGGAUCCAUUAUGAUACCACCAUGAAUGAAGACGGUGGACAUUCACGCACGGGCCCGGAAGCAGAAAUGUUGGCACAGUUCCUUGGCUCACUCGUCAACCUCCGGACUCUGGCGCUCGAAGUGGACCUUUCAUCAUUUGAUACAGACACCAUCGAGUUGCCUCGUUUGCACAGCCUGACUAUCAAGUCGGGCAUAAUGACAUCCUGGGCUGCGGAAUUUCUCCAAAAUGUUCAGAUGCCUGAUCUCCGGAUCUUAACCUUGUGUGUCGCAUCGGAUAACUCCGAGGAUGACGACGACGAUAGUAUUGUUGACAAAUUGGUCGAUCUUACCGGUUCUGAUGAUCCUUUGGAGCUGGAUGAACUCCAUCUUUUCAAUUUCGGAAAGUUUGUAGAUGCUGAGCUCCUCCGUCGCAUGUACACCCAGAUGCCCACGGUCAAAACAUUGACAUUGGGACCCGGGAUGGCUACCGACAAUCACGCCCUGGCAACGGGACUGCUCCCCGCGCCCAACGAACUGCCGGAUCUCCCUCUCCCUGGACUUCAAACGCUUGUCAUAUUUGAUAGUCCAAAAAAACUAGUACGGCGCAUCGUACUAGAACGACAGUCGCUUGCUGGUCCUUUGGAGGAGCUCUAUUGUCGUUACCGUGAAGACAAUGAGGCAGAUGAUUGGCAACAUCACGUAAAGAAAUUUCAUCGUAUCGGUUGUCUGAAGUCUGCCCACUACACUGACGUGGUUGCCAGGCGGUGGACACGUUAG